AUGAGGGCUUCAGCCAUGGUGUCUGUGCUCUGCACUAAGGCUGAACAGCAGGCACUCCAGCGGGUGGUAAAAACUGCGGGGAGAAUCAUUGUGACGACUCUCCCCGAGAUCAGUACCGUCUACGCCACCCGCUGUCUGAGGAGAGUGCACAACAUCCUACGGGACCGUCACCACCCAGCUCACCAUCUGUUCCACCUGCUGCCCUCAGGUAGAAGUUUCCCGGGUCUCCCGGCUCCCGAGUUUCCUGGUCUGCCAGGGUCCCCUCAGUUUCCCGGGCUGCCAGGUUCCCCCGGGUUCCCUCAGUUUCCAGUGCUGCCAGGUUCCCCCGGGUCCCCUCAGUUUCCCGGGCUGCCAGGUUCCCCCGGCUCCCCUCAGUUUCCCGGGUCCCCCGGCUCCCCUCAGCUGCCAGGUUCCCCCGGCUCCCCUCAGUUUCCCGGGCAGCCAGGUUCCCCCGGGUCCUCUCAGUUUCCCGGGCCCCCUCAAUUUCCACAGCUGCCAGGUUCCGCCGGCUCCCCUCAGUUUCCAGGGCUGCCAGGUUCCCCCGGGUCCCCUCAGUUUCCAAGGCUGCCAGGUUCCCCCGGCUCCCCUCAGUUUCCCGGCUCCCCUCAGUUUCCCGGGCUGCCAGGGUCCCCUCAGUUUCCCGGGCUGCCAGGGUCCCCCGACUCCCCUCAGUUUCCCGGGUCCCCCGACUCCCCUCAGUUUCCCGGGUCCCCCGGCUCCCCUCAGUUUCCCGGUCUGCCAGGGUCCCCCGACUCCCCUCAGUUUCCCGGGUCCCCUCAGUUUCCACAGCUGCCAGGUUCCCCCGGGUCCCCUCAGUUUCCAGGGUCCCCUCAGUUUCCCGGGUCCCUUCAGUUUCCCCGGCCACCCUGCGUUAACGCUGCCCUUUUCAGACUUGUAGGAAAGAGGGGUAAGCAGAUGGUCCAGCCAGUGUACGACAUAAUGUUCAAGGACGAUGCUUCCCUUCAGUUGAGUGUUACACCGGCUUCAGCAGGUACCUCCAAGUCUUCCACUGUUAGUGUGGAGGACCAAAGAAGGAUUCCUGGCUUUGGGUCUCGCAGUAGGGAUGCACUCCCUCCACCUGCUUCCGAGAACUCGUAGCAAGUGACUCAACAAUUCUUAUUGACGUAAUUGUGCAACUUGACUUCAACUUUUAAUAAAUUCUCACCUUUACACUGA